AUGGUCGUUAAUAUGAAGGAAGACAGCUCUAACCUGGCUGUUUUGGAAGGCUUAUCGAAGUACUUCAAUGAUGCGUGUGAACGCGUCAAAGAGGCAAAGUCGAAAGCCGCCGCUAGGAAAGCUGAAACUGCUACCGAAAACUCGAGAUUAGCGGGAGCAGUAAACGUGACGACUGACGAAGAAAGUGGUGGUCUCUACGGAAAGUUCUUGAUUGGUAACACGGACAUAGUUUGUUUGGUGGAUCCUGGUGCUGAUAAAAACAUCAUGAAUUGGAAGACAUUAGAGAAUCUACCUAUAGAAUAUAAGUGUCAAUGGAAGCCGAUCGAAGAAGGACAAAUGACCUUGAACUUUGUCCAAGGAUCAUGUGCUGUUACCGGAUCGAUCGAACUACCGGUUACCUCUCCACUUGGAAAUGUCGAAAUGGAGUUCUACAUAGUCAAGGAAGCUCGACUCAACAUACUCGGCAACCCUUGGAUGAGAGCGUUAAAAGCUGCAGUAUGCUUUAAGGAAGAUGAAGUCCGAAAUGAAGUAGGAAAGCUAUCUUUAUUCACCAAGGAUAUCGUACCCUACUCGGAUGCAUUCAGCGUCACUACGAAGGUGGUAGAUGUCAAUGUCAUGGCUGACCUACAACAGAACUUCGGUAAACAAUUAACUGAUGAAGUCAAAUCUAAUAUCAUUACUGUACUGGAACGAUACUCUGAA